UAAACGAGUAAAGUAAACGAUUAGGUUCGAUUAAUCCUGCCUUAACGUAAUGACGACAGCUUUGAAUGAUACGACGUAUGUCUUAUGGCAUCCAACUGGUAAUGAAACAUUACUGUAAAUUAGUCAAAUGUUUGGAAAUGGACAGAUGACAGCAUGUUGCCACUGAAGGACAAAGACCGACCGAUCGCGGUGGCGCUGCUGGGCGCCGGCUGCUGCCCGAGGUGCAUCCUACGGUUCUGCUGUGUGAGCCUGCAGUCCGCGUACCGUCAGCCUCAUGAGGAUAUACUGCUUGAGCUGCAGCGCUUUAUCCAUGCAAAAGUUGCCGAUGAAUCAUGUGGCACCGCAGAGGAGAUUCCGACAGACUCGCCACCUUGUAAGAAAGUCAGAGUGGAAACGGAGCAGGGCGGUGAAUUGCCUGAAGGAGGAGAGGAAAUUUCUGUUGUUGAAGGAAAAUCAAAGAUUUGUGUGGUGUGUUUGGGAGUGCUGCAGGACUUCUGCAAUAAAGACUUUGCCAAAAAGGUUGCAGAAACAGUGACCUCGGAGAAGUACGAGUUUGACAGUCUAGUCCUGUCAGUCUCACUGCCCGCUCAGCUGUCUGUCAGAGAGCAUUCUGCCUGGCUGCUCAUCAAAACGAAAGUGAGGGAAAAGGGGCUGUGUCUGGGUAAGGAUGACAUCAUCCAGGUGAAGGAGGCCUUCAAGUGGAUCCUGCAGAGCCUGCUGUCACAGCAGCUGGGCGUUCCCGUGGUGUCCAAGAGUCCUUUGGAGGUCAGCGUUGGCUUCACGCACCCCGAAACGGACGGAGACUGCCAUUUCCUGGCUGCUGCAUGUUCAGGCUGCUUCAAACCAGCUAAAAACAAACUGGUGCUGUACACCGCUGCGCACGUCUGCCGGUCGAGAAGCGUGUGGGUGAAUCCCAGGUCAGUGGCAGCUGAGAGUCUGGUUUCCUGCGAACACGCGCAGGGCUCUGGGCCGGGCCGGGCCGGAUCGGGGCGGGGCGGCUUUGACAGAAGUAGAGCUCGCGCAGCCCCGCGGAACCACAUCCUCGCAGCGCGCCGCCAUGUUUCCAGGAACACGCGGCAGAGCCGCCUCAUCUGUUCUGUUCCAUUUCCCCUCCUCGACGCUGCUGCUCCGAAGUCACUGUUCACCAGAAUGGCUGUGGCCAAGGCGCUGGAGAGGAUUUCAGAAGAGAGCUUUCGCAGAAAGUUCCCCUGCCCCCCCUGCCCGCCUGCCACCAAGUGCACUGUGCAGGAAGUUCAGUGUCUCCACGCGCCCGUCUUCGUGGCUGGGAGGUACAACAAAUUCUCGCGGACCCUGCCGCAGACCCCCUGGGUGAUCGAUGGCGAGAGGCGGAUGGAGUCCUCCGUGGAGGAGCUGAUCACCACUCCGCUACUCGCCUCCUUCCAGGCCGAGGGCUUCAACUUCUCCUCGUCGGGCAGGGAAGACGUCGAUGUCCGGACCUUGGGAAAUGGACGGCCUUUCGCCGUGGAGCUGCUGAACCCACAUAGAACCCGCUUCAGUCCAGCAGAGGUUCGAAAGAUACAGGAGGCUAUCAACAAGUCCUCUGACAAAAUCGGGGUGCGAGAUUUGCAGAUCGUCACAAGGGAUGCUGUGGGCCACAUGAAGGAAGGAGAAGAAGAGAAGACGAAGUCCUACAGCGCUCUGAUCUGGACCCAUAAAGCCAUUGAAGAACAAGACCUUGAGUUUAUAAAUGACAUCAAGGACCUGAGCAUCGCCCAGAAAACUCCCUUGAGAGUGCUGCACCGGCGUCCUCUUGCAGUCCGCCAGCGCGUUAUCCACACUAUGGCCACGCGUUUCCGUGACAAUCACCACUUCUACCUGCAGCUGCGCACUCAGGCCGGGACCUACAUCAAGGAGUUUGUGCACGGCGACUUCGGCCGGACCAAGCCCAGCCUGGGGGACCUGAUGAAGAUGGAGACGGACAUUCUAGAGCUGGACGUCGAGUCUGUGGAUGUGGACUGGCCUCCUGUAGUAACUGAUCCAGGGUCAGGGGAGAACCCAGACCUCCCAGGCUCACCCCAGCAUGGAGGCACACCCUGACUGCUAGGAGCAAUUCCGGGAGAACCCGCCCUCCUGUGAGGAAACUGUCAGAUGCUUCACGUUUAACUGAAGCCACAAUGCCUGUGUUUGUCCCCAGUAAUGAACUACUGGUACCUCUUUUGUGUGUGUAGGAAACAUAUUUUUUUUUCUCCAAUUAAAAAAAAAAAUUUCCAUUUCGCUCCA